UCAUACCCUAAUGUAAACUAACUGGUUCUCUUGCACCUCAUCCCAAAACAGGAUAUUUACAUCGUGAGAAGAGGCAGAAAGAACCAGACCCACUUAGGAACACUUGCAAGAUGCUAGUCGUAGCUGAUCAUCGUUUCUUUAAAUAUAUGGGACGUGGAGAAGAGAGUACUACUAUCAAUUACUUGAUAGAGUUGAUUGACAGAGUGGACGAUAUCUACAGAAACACAUCCUGGGAUUCCCAAUGGAAAGGAUAUGGUGUACAGAUAGAGCAGAUUAUUGUACACAAAGAGCCAGAGAAUACUGCAGUAAAGCAUUAUAACAUGGGAAGAAGUUUUCCAAAUGAGAACAAGGAUGCAUGGGAUGUGAAACAACUGCUGGAGCAAUUCAGCUAUGAUAUAUCUGAGAGGGCUUCUGAUGUCUGCCUGGCACAUCUCUUCACAUACCAAGACUUUGACAUGGGGACUCUUGGACUGGCGUAUGUUGGUUCUCACAAACCAAACACCCAUGGAGGCAUUUGUCCUAAAGCUUAUGACAGUGAGAUUGCCAAAAAGUCUAUCUAUUUAAACACCGGAUUGACCAGUACAAAGAAUUAUGGAAAAACCAUCCUUACAAAGGAAGCAGACUUGGUCACUACUCAUGAAUUGGGUCACAAUUUUGGUUCCGAACACGAUCCUGACAGCUUGGAGUCCUGUGCUCCCAGCGAAGAUAAAGGAGGAAAAUUUGUCAUGUAUCCUAUAGCUGUGAGCGGAGACCAUGAAAAUAAUAAG